AUGUCCCGCCUGACGCGGCAUCUCGCCGCGCUCGCGUUGGAUCGAGGUCACCGCGUCGUGGUCCUUCGGUUCGCCGCGGUUUGGAACGCGCGGGCUGGGUGCGCGAUCGCCGCGUCGAGGAUGCUCGCGAGCGCGAGCGAGGGGGCUCGCGCGCGCGGCGACGUCGACGCGGCUGCGGCGUUGACGAAGUUGUCGGCGGGGGCGCGGCGCGGCGGCGGCGGAGGCGGGAGGGAGCGGGACGCCGGCGUCCCGCUCGACGAGAUCCCCGGGGUGUUGUGCGCGGCGACGCUGCGAUCGUUGCCCGCGGCGGGGAGCGCGGGGUGCGCGACGUGCGCGCGGUGCGCGGCGACGCACUGGGGCGGGGAAGGGAAGGCUGUCGCGUGCGCGUUUUGCGACGCUUCGUUGAGGUGA